AUCAAGAAAUAUUUCGUUUACAAGUGUUUCCGAGAAAGAGUUUUAAAAUCGAAGCUGUAGACAACAGUCUUAGUGACAUCAAGUACUUCAAGUUUCAGGAGUUAGAUCAACAAUCUGUGGCCAUUAAAGUUGCGAAAUCCUUAGAUGAACUUGUCGAUAGAGACGAAAUCUUCCUUCCCGUUACAGUGUAUAUUGAGGACGUCAAUGAUCACGCCCCCCUGUUUCAAAACACCCCCUAUCACCUGGCAGUAGACGAGUUGACUCCUGUGGGUCUCACCAUCUUCCGAGGAAUCCAUGCUAUCGACCGUGACAAGCCCAACACUGCGAACUCUGACGUCACAUAUUCGAUUGUAGGAGGAAAUGAAGAUAACGCUUUCGUUCUCUCGGAUCCAAUAGAGGGCAUUCUUGUCGUGAACAAGCCUCUGGACUUUGAUCACGGAGUUCGAGAGUUUAAACUACAAAUUCAGGCUACAGCAAGCCAGAGGGAUAACUCUAUCCGCCAGACACUGACCAAAGUGAAGGUGCUCGUCGUGGACAUCAAUGACAAUGUUCCCAUCUUUGAAUAUGAUAUGUACAAUAUUACUGUAGUAGAAAAUCUGCCGCCAGGAUUCACUGUAGUGCAGGUGUUCGCUCAUGAUAAAGAUAUGGGUGACAACGCAAGGUUUCAGUUCAAACUGGAAGAUCCUUCUCGAGCCUUCUCGGUGGAUGAAACAAGUGGCUGGAUCAAGGUUCAUGACCCCUCGAAACUGGACAGGGAAACCAGAGAUUUGUUAGUUCUAAAGGUGAUCGCCAAGGAAGUGGUGCCAAAUGUCAACCCUCACGGUCCAGAGAGUUCUGCUGAAGUCCACAUUCAUCUCCUAGAUGCCAAUGAUAACAACCCAUUUUUUAUACCAAGCUCCGCCUAUAACUUCGUCGUGACAGAAACGGACCCAACAGGAAACCUUAUUGGCUUUGUAAAAGCUGUCGACCCUGAUAUUGGGGCUAACGGUAUGGUCCAUUAUUCUAAACAAGACGAUGGAUUAAGUAAAUCCGCUCCUUUCGGCGUGCAUCCUACAGAUGGAUCUGUGUACGUUCUGGAAAAGUUUUCAAAAAUACGACAGAAACCACCCCAAUACACCUUCUUUGUCGUCGCCACCGACUCGGCCGACAUUGGACAUGAACGAAGGUCAUCUGUAGCCGUUGUUCACGUCAACGUCACCGAUAUCAACAACAGCGCCCCAGAGUUUGAGGGCGCCCCCUAUGAGGCAUCUGUGGGAGAAUCUCUUCCGCCAGGAGCCUUUGUAGCUCGUAUCUCG